AGCUAACACAAUGACACGUCAGCGCGCAGGGCCGAGUUCCAAUCCACAUGUUCCACCGUCCCGCAAGCGCCAACAGAGCGAAGACGCUCGACAGGACGCAGCAUCGGCCAAGCGGCGGACAAGCAAUGGUCUUCUAGCCUCCGCGGAUACGGCAUCCUUGGGUGAGCGUCAGGUCUCUCCAGCUCGGAAUGUGCAUUUUGGUAGGCGGCUCGAGCGUGGCCCGUCGAUCAGCACCGCAGACCACCGCAAUCAAAGUCCCAAGCGAUCCGCUCUGCGGCAUGAGACUGAUCAUCACAGUGUGACCGACAUGCCAGACACCGACCUGGAUGAUGAGGAUAGAAGAACAAUCCUGGAAAUGAUAGAUGAUUCAGGGCCCUCCAAUCAACUGCUAGAUGGACUGCUGGAGUAUGUCCAGGAUGCGAACGAGGUCAAUGGUAUCCAAGCGUCUGAGCUCGUCGAUGCCUUUUCGGAGACCCGUCCAAACGGCAGUCCUUUGCGUACAUCCACUGAGAGCCCCCGGCGUUCCCCCAUUUCUGAUCAGGAUCCACGAGUCUGCGAGCAGUUGAAUAAGCUGCAAAGACUUAUAUACGAUCUAGCUGCUGACCUCCCUAUCCUGCUCCCAGAAGCAAGAGAUUUCGCAUUCAAUGAGCUUCUUGCGGCUAAGAGCCAUCAGCAACUUGUACGCUACAUCGGGUAUUUAGCAUUAGGUGGUCCAAAUGGCAGGACAAGCUGGGAAGCCCUGAUUGCGAGCGAUGAGUGUAGACGAUCGUUGGUAUGGGCUAUCACCAGCCAUUCGCUGAAAGAGCACGUCUUCGACGCUCUAUGGUUCGGAGCAUCCGAGGCAGAGGAGAAGGAGCUACAAGACCAGGAGCGGCGCUUGUUGGAUCUUGAUGGACUCCACCGUACAGCGGAGCGCGCCAAGCUGUGUGCCAAAUUCGCCGCAAGGCAUGGAUUACAGACCGACAGGCGCCUGACCAGCAUGAAAUGUAGGCUGGUGAUUCAGCUUGAGAAUCUCCUCGCUCCGCUAUGGCUCGUUUUUGUACCUUUCCCUCAACGCCUGCAGAACUCACUACUCGGUGACGUACGUAGGAAGCUUGUUGCGAUCGUGUCGCAUGCGGUGGAUCUAAGCCACGUCAUGCGGUGUACUGAAGACAUAGUGUACUUCUGGCCGCCUACAUUCAAGGACGAGACCUUUGAGCCUGCACGGAUGGAGUGCUUGAACUUGGCCAACAUGUACCGACACAGUCCGUUUGUAAAGCAGGAUUCGGGAGAAAGACAGCGUCCGAAACUGCGACCAGGCAGCGAGGAUCAGAGCGAUGCGAUUGUGCGCAUAAUGUGCUUUCCAGGCUUGAUCGCCUAUCGAAAGGGAGGCGGGGAGCUUGCGCAAGAACAGCUUCGAUGGGAGAGGCGUCAGACUAACAAUGCGCCGCCUGAUGUGCGGCUGGUGCAGCAGACGAGGGACGGUAACUACAGCGGAUACGAAGGCUUCCGUACCAGGGUCCUUUGCAAAGCCAUUGUUCACCUUCAAUGGGGAAAGCAGCGCUUGUUGACUAGAGAAGCCGGAACUUCGUUGUAUUUGAAUGCUGUCCGGGAUCACAGUUCGAAGUACGAACAGGACUAUAUUGGCUUCGUGGAGUUGUAUGACAUUUUCCAGCGAAAGCACACAAAUCAGGCUCGGUCUAAGAAGGGCGUACGGUCGCAGCAGAGGACAUGGAGUGGUUCGCUGUUUGGGGGCGGCGAAGGGUCUGCGAAGGGCAAAGCAGGCGGUCCUGCACCGUCGCGAGGAAAGGCCGGAAGAUAAUGACGACGAAGCGGACGCUUUCACCGACUCUCAUCUCAGUGUUUCUCGAAUGGUUGCUAUGGUCUCAACUCCAAGAGUUCACCAAGCCUUUCGUACCAGGCUAUACCCAACUAGGCAG